UCUAAAACUUCAUUGAACAAGUUCUCUCUUGUCUCCUCUCCUCUGUUCCCAAAACCUCUCAGAAAACAAUUGAUGGCUACAGAAUCACCAAAUUCGUCUCGUAAAGUUGUGGUUCAUCUUAGGGCAACUGGUGAUGCUCCAAUACUUAAACAAGCAAAGUUCAAGAUAGCAGGAACUGAUAAAUUUGCUAAAGUAAUUGAUUUUCUUCGUAGACAACUUCACCGAGAUACACUAUUUGUGUAUGUAAAUAGCGCUUUUUCGCCUAACCCUGACGAAUUAGUGAAUGAUCUUUACAAUAAUUUUGGGUUUGAUGGAAAACUGGUGGUGAACUAUGCUUGCUCAAUGGCCUGGGGCUAAGAGGUGAAGAUCUUGGGAUUGGCGUUACAAACACAGUAUGAACCAUGUAAAUCCUCUCUUUUGUUUCAGCUUUCUUUUCUAUCUUGUUCGUAUGUGGAAAAGAAGAAUAACUUUCAACAUUGAUUACCAUGUACAAAAUACAGAGGCUUGUUAUUUUAGUCAUCUUGACUUCAUUUCUUGAGUUCAUUGCUCUUUUCUUUUAUCCUAAUAUUUUCCUGAUU